AAGCACCUGUAAAUGUUGUCUAUACGACUCAUUCUCUUAUAAAAUCCCUUCAUCACAAUCUCACAACCUUGCACACCCCACAUCCUAUAACAUAUUCCUCUUUACAUUCUUCUAUCCACACCCCCCUACUUCACCUACUUUCUCUCAAAAAGAGAGAAAUAUGGUGAAAUUUUCAAAGGAACUCGAAGCUCAACUAAUACCAGAAUGGAAAGAUGCAUUUGUAAACUACAAGAUGCUAAAGAAACAUAUAAAGAAAAUCAAACUCUCAAGAGUUCCUAAAAAAGAAGAACAAGCUCCCAAAGGAGACUUUGGUUACUCCAUUUUCGAUUCGAUUCGGUUUGUGACUAAUAAGUUGUUUUGUUCUUCAGACAAUAACAAACCAAAUAUCAUUCAGGUGAGGAGGAAAAUGAUGGAGGAUAGUGAAGAAGAAGUGUAUGAAACAGAACUUGCACAAUUGUUUUCAGAAGAGGAUGAAGUGCAUGUGUUUUUUGCAAGGCUAGAUGAAGAGCUUAAUAAGGUGAACCAAUUCUAUAGGAAACAAGAGAGUGAGUUUCUUGAGAGGCGUGAUAUGCUUAGCAAACAACUUCAGAUCUUGCUUGAUCUUAAACAACUUCUCACUGACCGGCGCCGGAAAAAUAAUCUGCCGCCGAGGAAUUCCAAUGCCGAGAUUUUCUCUCGUUCUCCUGAUCAAAGCUCAAAUUAUUCAGAAAGUUGUGAAGAAUCAGAUGAAACAAAUUCAGAAACAUCACAAAUGGAUGAAGUAAUAUCAACUUUAGCAAAAAAUGGUGUGAAUUUUGUUAAUUCAGCUACAAGGGUGAAGACAAAAAAAGGAAAACCUAAAAUGGCAAUGAGAAUUGAUAUUCCAGCAACUACACCAACAAAGGCUAUAACUGCUGUUACUUCAAUUUUGUGGGAGGAUUUGGUGAAUAGUCCUAUAAAAGAAGGGUAUGGAGAAUUCAUUAACAAGAGAAAAAUUCAAUAUGCUGAAAAGAUGAUUAGAAGUGCUUUUGUUGAACUCUAUAAAGGCCUUGGCCUUCUCAAAACUUACAGCUCAUUAAAUAUAGUGGCAUUUUCAAAGAUACUCAAAAAGUUUGACAAGGUGGCAUGCCAAACAGCUUCUGCAAGUUAUUUGAAAACAGUGAAAAGAUCACAUUUCAUUAGUUCAGAUAAGGUUGUUAGACUAAUGGAUGAAGUGGAAUCCAUAUUCACAAAGCACUUUGCUAGCAAUGAUAGAAAAAAGGCAAUGAAGUUUUUAAAACCUCAAGUGCAGAAAGGUUCUCAUAUGGUCACCUUCUUUGUCGGGUUAUGUACAGGUUGUUUUGUAUCUUUGUUUUGCGUAUAUGCAAUCUUGGCCCACUUGUGUGGUAUAUUCUCUCCUAACACAGAACCAGCUUAUAUGGAAGCAGUCUACCCUGUUUUCAGUGUAUUUGCAUUGUUAAGUCUACACUUGUUCAUGUAUGGAUGCAACCUUUACAUGUGGAAGGCUACAAGAAUCAAUCACAAUUUCAUCUUUGAAUUCUCACCAAGCACAGCAUUAAAGCAUAGAGAUGCAUUUCUUAUGUGCACUGUAUUCAUGACUGCUGUGGUUGGGUCAAUGGUUGUACACCUUCUUCUUAGGGCUGCAGGGUUUUUUCCUGGCAAUGUUGAUGCCAUCCCUGGAAUUCUUCUUCUGUUUUUCAUAGCUCUGCUCAUUUGCCCGUUAGACAUAUUUUAUCGCCCAACUCGCUUCUGCUUCAUCCGUGUUAUUCGUAACAUAGUCUGCUCUCCAUUUUAUAAGGUUCUUCUAGUGGACUUUUUUAUGGCUGAUCAACUUACUAGCCAGAUACCAUUGCUAAGGCAUUUGGAGACAACAGGUUGUCACAUUUUAUCUCGAGUAUUCAAAACACACCACCCUGAAACUUGUCAUUCUGGAAGAUUAUACAUGGAAAUAACUUACAUUAUCUCAUUUUUGCCAUAUUUUUGGCGCGCCCUUCAGUGUAUAAGAAGAUGGUUUGAUGACAAUGAUGUUGCACAUUUGGCUAACAUGGGGAAGUAUGUUUCUGCAAUGGUUGCGGCCGGGGCUAGAGUGACAUAUGGCAGGCAAGAUAACAAUAUAAUGUUUGUUAUUGUGAUAAUCACUUCUGUGAUGGCUACAAUGUAUCAAUUGUAUUGGGAUUUUGUCAAGGAUUGGGGGUUUCUUAAUCCUAACUCCAGAAAUGCAUGGCUAAGAGAUGAUCUUGUUUUGAAGAAUAAAAGCAUAUACUACAUGUCUAUGGCAUUAAAUGUUGUUUUAAGAGUGACUUGGACAGAGACUGUCAUGCAUUUCAAAGUGGGGCCUGUUCAAACAAAGUUGUUAGAAUUUCUGUUAGCUUCAUUGGAGGUUAUUAGAAGAGGGCAUUGGAAUUUCUACAGGUUGGAGAAUGAGCAUCUAAACAAUGUUGGUCAUUACAGAGCAGUGAAGACAGUUCCAUUACCCUUUCGUGAUGCAGAUUCGGAUAAUUGAGGUGUUUGUCUCAUGCAUGUAAAUAUAGUCCUAUAGACAUGUUGAGAAAAAAUGACUAUCAAUAGCUGAAAGUGAUUACUGAUUUGAAGUAUAACCAAUUGUGAUGUAAAAGAUGCGCAUUGCAAAUGGCAUUUGUCCUAGAAAUUAUGACUUUGUAUACAACUUUUGGUCUUGGAUUUUAUGUUCUAGAUAAACCUUGUUGAAAUGAUUUUAAAAACUUAAUAGAAGUUUGUAUAUGUAAUGAAGAUUGUAAUUGUCAAUUUGGUUGACAAAUAAGUCAAAAAUGGUCAUUUGGUUAUCUAUCGACAACAACGAUGAAGUAUAGUAAAUAUAAUUUUUGUUCUGAAACA